AUGUCUCGUGUAGCAAGCAAUAUUCCAAUAGCUCGUUAUAAUAAUGGUGCUGGUCAGUUACCAAAAUCAAUUAUAAGUCGUUCUUCAAGUAAUGCAAGUAGUAUCAAUGGUCUAGGUGGUGGUGAGAAACGUGCUUUUAAUGUACGAAGUGCAGCACCACCACCAAUACAAAAAGAAACUGUUCAUGCUUGUCCAUUAUGUAAUGGUGAAUAUAAAGAUCCACGUGUAUUACCGUGUACGCAUACAUAUUGUUUCAAUUGUAUUCGUGAUAAAUUAAUAAAAAAUAGUCGACUUACGUGUCCGAAAUGUCAUUAUCAAGCUCAUCCAUUUGAUGAGACAAAUUUACGUGAUCUACCACCUAAUCUUAUCUUAAGUCAAGAAUGGCGUAUAGGUGCUCGUCCUAUACCAUCAAUUCCUCAACCUAAAAAACAUAUAGCAUAUCAGCCAACUAGUUCAACAUCAUCAUCAUCUCAAUUAAUCAUACCACAAACACAAAUCUUACUAGAACAUGAUAGACAUAAACCAAUUAUAAAUGAAAUUGAUGGACAUGAUAUCAUUCCUACAAAUGGUACAAAUUUAAAUGGUAUUGCAUCAAUUGUAAAUGCAUUUAAUCGAUCAUCAGGAACAGGAGAAAAUGGAAAUCGUUUAUCACGUUCAUCGAGCGUAUCAAGUAUACAACCUAUUGUUUCGGAUUUAAUAAAAAUUUAUUCCGAAGCUACAGCACCAAAAUCUCAACGAACAGAUCAUAUUAUAACAACAACAGAUAAACAUGAUGAAUUAAUCAAAAUCUUUGAACAAGCACGUAAUAAUGGAUAUCAAGAACAACGAACAUCUUCACCAUUGAAUGGUAAACAAUCAUCACAAGCAUAUGAAGAAGUUACAGAAGAAAUUACAUGGGAUCAUCUUGUUCAUGGAACAAUUCCAGUUGCAUCAUCUUUUCCUGAACAAUUACAAACAGCAAAAGAAAAUCAUCAUCAUCCAUUUGAAAUACAAGAAAGACCAAUAUCUAUUAUGUCAUCUAAUCUUGAUAAUCUUCGUGAAAUGAUUGAAUCUAUUCAUCGACAAUCACCUAAAAAAAGUCCAACACCUCAAUAUAUUCCUAUCAUAGAUACACAAUUAAAUCAUCAUUUAUCACCAAUUUCUCAUACACAUCAUAAUAAUAACAACGAUGACGAAGAUAUUAAUACAAAUCAUACGUUAAAUUCAAUGAAUUCUCAACGACAACGUUUUCGUCAAACAAGUAAUACAGAUAGUGUUCAAAGUGGUACUAGUGAUAUCAUAUCAAGACGAUCACCAACUGCACCAAUAAUAUAUAAUAUUCAUCCAAGAAUAAAUACUACAUCUACUUAUCAACAACAACAACAAGAUGAUAAAAUAUCUCAAUCAUCAUCAAGACGUUCUUCAGAUCGUUUUCCACCACCACCACAAAAUCUUGAAACACCACAAUCUUCUCAUAAUGGUACAGCAAAACAACGAUCAACAUCAUCGUUAUCAUAUCGCUCAUCUAUUAAUGAUGAUCUACAUGAACAAUUAAUUACACCCGAGAUUAAAAUACCCCAAACAGAACGUUUUAAUCUUAAUGAUAAUAUUUUACCUACUUUUCAUCGAAAUAAUUCUUCUCAGCUUGUUAGUAAUUCAUCAAAUUCAAUAAAUCGUCCACUUCCAAUGGUACAUGAACGUGAAACAUAUUAUUAUCGUCAAGAAGAAAAUAAUUUAUCUCCUCCAUCAACAUUAUCAACACCUACAAAUGUAACAUCACGUGUUGAAACAUUAUUAUCCGAUCAGAAACGUUUAGAACAUGAAAUUGAAGAACAAAUUCGUCGGUUAAAAUAUGAUUUUGAUGAUGUACGUAAACAAAUUGAUCGUAAACAAUCAUCAAUACAUAAUGAAGUUAAAAAUAUUGCUGCACAUCUUGAUGAUGAUAUAACAGAACAUUAUCAUCGUAAACAAAAAAUUUAUGCUGAUUUAGCUGCGGAUACAAAUACUGUUGGUACUGAAUUAGAACGUUUAAAAUCAAAUACAAAUAAUAAUAAACAACAAUUAUGGGAUAAUCUCGAAGAAAUUGAAUUGAAUAUAAGAAAUAUUCGACAAGCUGUUGAACAACAUAAAGAACCACAUAGUGCUUUAACAUUUGCUGAAGGACGUCAUACUAUAGGUGCAGAUACUAUUGGACAAAUCACAUAUAAUGGAAUUGAAACACAACGAAAUUAUACAACAACAUCAUCAUCAUCGAUUCCAACUGUAGAACAACCAAUAACGAAUCUUACACCAUAUAAAUAUAUAAAAAUGGAUCAUUUAUCAACAUUAGAGCCUGAAGCUAUUGCUAUAACAGAAAAUAAUAAGAAAAUUUUAUUAGGUAUUUGUAAUAAAUUAUUUGUUCUUAAUGAAUAUGGUGAUACAUUAAAGACAAUACCAUUAACACCGAGUAUACGUGGUAUAGCUUUAUCAAAAAUAUAUCAAACACAUGAUAUAGCUUAUAUAUCACAUGGUGAAACUGUAAGUAUGAUUGAUAUUGAAAGUGGACUGACAUUAGAUUGUGUUAAAGAAACAGAAUCAUCUGAAGAAUCCGGAACAUUUUUACCAUUAGGUAUCGAUACAGAUAAUAUACGUGGAUGUGUUUAUGUAUGUGAUUAUCGGAAUUCAUCUAUAAUUAAAUUUGAUGAUAAAUUAGAAUUUAUUACACAAUGGAGAAUUUAUAAUCAUUCAGAUAAAUAUGAUGAAGCUCGACCGAAAUUAAUAUCUGUUCAUGGACAACGUUUAUAUAUGAUUGUUGAACAUUCAUGUAAACCUUAUUAUAAUCAAGGUAUUGCUUAUACAUUUUCACUUCAUAUUUGUGAUGUCAAUACUGGUAAUAUAAUAAAAAUAAUUGAUGCUGAUUUAUUAUCAACUCAACGUCUUCGUUGGCCAUGUUCCGUUCAUGCAAUAAAUAAUGAAAAAUGUUAUAUAUUAGAUACAAUGACAUCAGGAAAAUAUUUUAAUGGUCAAUGGCAAAAACAUUGGUCACGUGUACUUGAAAUUCGACCAAAUGAUCCAAAUGUUGUAACUGAAUUAUUUCAAUUAGACAGUGAAGCAGCAACAAUGGCUUUGACUAAACAAACAAUGAUUAUAGCUGCUAAUGGAGAAAUACUUUUUGUUGAUUUAGCUUUUGUUCAACAAUCACACAAUGGUUAUGAACAGAAUAUUCAUAAUUGA